ACGUCUUGUUCAAACAAGCUAGCUUUCUAUUAACAAAUAGGGAAGGGUAGUGAAGGACAGGCUAGUGGUUGGCAUUCAUGUGGCAAAACAUUUUUGCAGCCAUUUUGUUACCUGGAAUCUGAGGAUUCAAAGGAGAGUUUGCACAGUAGUUUGUAUUAGUGUCAUAUUACAUCUUCCUAUCAAUCUGUGGCUGCUGGAGUUGGAGAAAAGGCAGCGCACUGUGCGGCGGCAACACUGAAUGGGGAGAGUUAUGGGAUCAGAUGAGGCCUACAGUUUUGUCUUUAAAGUGGUUCUCAUAGGAGAGUCUGGUGUAGGCAAGAGCAACCUGCUGUCCCGCUUCACCAGGAAUGAGUUCAACCACGACAGCCGCACCACCAUCGGGGUGGAGUUCAGCACUCGGACGGUGCAGGUCCACGGCCUCAGCAUCAAGGCCCAGAUCUGGGACACAGCUGGGCUGGAGAGAUACCGGGCCAUCACCUCUGCGUAUUACCGAGGGGCUGUUGGGGCCCUGCUGGUCUAUGAUAUCACCAAACACCUCACCUAUGAGAGUGUGGAGCGCUGGCUGAAGGAGCUGUACGACCACGCUGACCCCCACAUUGUGGUCAUGCUUGUAGGCAACAAGGCUGACUUGGCAUCAGAGAGAUCUGUACCUACUGAGGAGGCCAAAGACUUUGCAGAUAAGAGAGGUCUGCUGUUUCUGGAGACCUCGGCCUUGGAGUCCACUAAUGUCGAGGCAGCGUUCAACGAUGUGCUAGCAGAAAUUCACAGGAAAGUGAGCAGUAAGGAGGUGAUUCGGGGCUCCAUCAAUGCUGUGUCGCUGACCAGCCCUGGCUCAAAAGGGGAAAACUCAGAGGAGAAGAAACCCUGCUGCAGGAACAUCUGAUUACGCUCAGCUCCCAGCUGGACAAGGGCCUCAGGGUGGCUGACAGGGGAGCUCGUCCUCCCACUGCCCUGUACUGCAGCCUGAUGAGAGAAAGGCAUCAGGGAAACCUUGGGUACCUUAACACUACAGUACUGGCUCAAGUGAUGCCAGUCUAAAAUGACUGAUGUGUAAGCUGCACUGCUACGUGGUAGCAUUGUACAUUCAAAAGGUUAUGAAAUGUGAAUGAGUGUGGCUGGAGUUUUUGUUAAUUAUCUGAAUAUAGGCGAAAGGAAAAAAACACCAACACUGUGUUACGUGUAAGAUGAUAGAAAUGUUUUGAAUCAACCCAGAGGAGGGCAAAAGCUUAGGCUUAUGUGUGUGUGGCGUGAGAUGUUUUAAAUGUAAAUUACAAGUGAAUGUUUUAUGUUUUAUUCAACUC